CCUUGGUUUUACCAGAUUUUCCCUAGCCGUGACAGACUUUUAUCUAUUUACGAUACUAUGCUACAAGCUGGUGAAGCUGGUGGGGAGCAAAAGGACAAGAUUGAGCCAUUCAUAGAUAUGCUGAUUGACAAGUUUCAGUCAGCAUUUUAACCUUUUGACAAUUUGUCAAUUGAUGAGAUGAUAAUCGGUUUCAAAGGGAGAUGGGCAAAUAAGCAGUUCAACGCAUCAAAACCGCACAAAUACCAUAUCAAAACUUUUGGACUGUGUGAUAGCCUGACCGGAUAUGUUUACAACCUUCUUUUGUACUACGGGAAAGACACCUCUUAUGACCCAGAAUGUGACACAAAAUCUCUGCAGGCAGAGAAGGUAUUUCAAACACUGCUGACAAAUAUCGGAAAAGGGCACACCAUAUUCGCAGAUAGGUAUUAUACCGCGCUGCCUGUGGUUGACUACCUUAGUAGUCGAGGCCUAUACUUCACAGGGACUCUUCAAGUCACAAGAAAAGGAGUUCCGCAGGAAUUGAAGACACGAAAACUAGAGCAUAAGGAAACAAGAUGGUAUAUGGGAGACGACAACAAGAUUUUGUGUGUUGCUUGGAGAGACAAAAAAGCGAAAAAACCAUGUGUUCUUGUUUCUACAAAUGCAAAUGCUGAAAUGAAAACUGUUCGUGCAAAUGGCGGUGAAGCUAGCAAGCCAGCGAUGGUUGUUGAAUACAAUCAAGCAAUGAAUGGCUUUGACGCAGCCGACCAAAAUAUUUCAUAUUACGGUGUGCAUGAGUGCCGUUCUAAAAAAUGGUGGAAGAAAAUUAUUUUCUGGCUGUUAGAAAUCACCCAAGUCAAUGCGCAUAUUCUUUACACCCUCGCACAUCCCAACGACAAGCGUGUUGAGCUUCGUAAGUUCAAAAGUACGUUGGUGGAGGAAAUGGAGUUCAACAUUACCCUGAACAACAAUGUGGAUCCUGCAAAGUCAGUUUCAUGUGAGCGCUUUGUCACAUCCAAGAUGCCUCUCAUCCAUUAUGACGGGAGGGACGGAAAUUGUGUUGCGUGCAGCGGACCAGGUGGGGGACGCAAAAGAACAGUUUUUGUCUGCUCAGGUCGUAGUGACAGACCAUUUCUGCACCCAAAGAACUGUUUUUACAAAUACCAUACUCACAGAAAUGCCUAG